CUAAAACAUAAUACAGUGCAAACAAACCAAACCAACCACCCACAGAUAACAGUACAUACAAGCAAGCGUCGUCAGGCAGGCCGGGUCAAUAUCAAUAGGGCAGGUUGGUACAGGGGGAGCAAGCGGAGAUGGGUCGGGGUCACAGGCCAGGUUCAGCAGGUAGCAAGCAGCGUGGUACAGAGGGUCAGGCAGAGGGAUGGUCAGGAGCGAGCCGGGAUCAGAGCAGGAGAAGUCAGCAGCGGUUAAGAUCAGGCAGGGUCAGCAAAGGAACAGAAACAGGAUGCAGGACAGAUACAGGGCCCAGGACAAACACAACACCAAGGCCGAGUCUGCAAGUCUGGCCA